AUGGCCCACCAAGCACACGCAUACCACAUAGUCGACCCCAGCCCUUGACCCCUCACAGGUGCAGUAGCCGCCCUACUGAUAACAUCCGGUCUUGCAAUCUGAUUCCACUUCCAUUCAACAACUCUAAUAGGUCUUGGAAUAGCCCUUCUGCUUUUAACAAUGUACCAAUGAUGACGAGAUAUUAUUCGAGAAGGUACAUUUCAAGGGCAUCAUACACCCCCCGUGCAAAAAGGACUUCGAUACGGAAUAAUUCUCUUCAUUACCUCAGAGGUCUUCUUCUUUCUUGGAUUUUUCUGAGCAUUCUACCACUCAAGCCUGGCCCCUACCCCUGAGUUAGGAGGUUGCUGACCCCCUACAGGUAUCACCCCCUUAGACCCCUUUGAAGUCCCCCUACUUAAUACCGCCGUCCUACUUGCCUCUGGGGUGACAGUUACUUGGGCUCACCAUAGCAUCAUGGAAGGAGAACGAAAACAGGCUAUCCAGUCCCUUGCACUCACAAUCCUCUUAGGUUUCUACUUUACUUUCCUUCAAGCUCUAGAAUAUUACGAAGCCCCCUUCACCAUUGCAGAUGGUGUCUAUGGCUCUACAUUUUUCGUAGCUACAGGUUUCCACGGCCUCCAUGUUAUUAUUGGCUCUAUAUUCUUAGCUAUCUGCCUACUCCGUCAGAUUCAAUACCAUUUUACAUCUGAACAUCACUUCGGAUUUGAAGCAGCCGCCUGAUACUGACACUUCGUAGACGUUGUCUGACUUUUCCUUUAUAUCUCCAUCUACUGAUGAGGCUCCUA